AUGGAAGGACCAACUGCCUCAGAUGACCAAAUUAUUACCAUCCUUAGCAUAGAUGGUGGCGGUGUGAGAGGGAUAAUGCCUGGAAUAAUUCUUGCCUUCCUCGAAGCAGAACUUAAGAAUUUGGACAACAAUGAAGAAGCAAGGCUUGCAGACUACUUCGAUGUGAUUGCAGGGACAAGCACAGGAGGCCUUAUAACUGCAAUGCUCACUACCCCUAACCCAGAAAACCCUAGACUCCCCCUCCUUGCCGCAGGGGAGAUCAAAGACUUCUAUGAAAAAUACAGCCCUGAUAUCUUUCCUCCAGAACAGAAAAAACUACGGCUUAGCAUGCCAUGGUAUGACAAAGUCAUAGAGUGGGUUGAACACACAUGGAGUCGGUAUGUUGUGCCAACAGCUGUGAAAGCCUGGGAUUUCAUUAACUUGGUAGAGAGAGAAUUUUUUUGCCCAAAAUAUGAGGGAAAUAGUCUGCAUGACCUGAUCAAGGGAAAAACAGGAAAGACUCGGUUGCACCAGACAAUGACUAAUGUGGUUAUUCCAGCUUUUGAUUUCAAACUCUUCCAACCAGUGAUUUUCUCUACUUUGCAGGCAAAAAAAGAUGAUUCGAAAGAUGCAUUGCUGUCAGAUGUUUGCAUUGGCACAACUGCAGCACCCUACUUUCUUCCUCCCUAUUAUUUUCAAAACAUAUCAUCGGCUGGACCAAGGGAAUUCAACCUCGUUGAUGGAGGCGUGGCUGCUGACAAUCCAGCUUUGCUUGCUGUUCGUGAAGUGAUAAAUGGUAUAUCUCAAAGCCGAGGCAGAUUAUCUUCAGAAAUAGACUGCAGCAACAUUCUUCUUCUCUCACUCGGCACGGGAUCAGCUAAGAGAGAUGAAAGUUUUAGUGUUAAAGAUGAUGCCAACACUUGGGGACUUAUUAAGUGGCUAUUCCAAGAGGAGAAUGGAAAAAAAUUCAAACCAUUAGUAGAUGUGUUCUCGACUGCAAUGGAUGACAUGGUUGACAUAUACAUGUCCAUGUUUUUCCAAUCUUUUGAUUCCAAAGACAAUUAUCUUAGAAUCCAGUAUGACAGCUUGAAAUACAACGAAACUGCAGUAGAUGACUCAAGUGGUGAUCACCUCAAGAAACUCGAGAGCUACGGGAAUGAUCUUCUAGACAGACCUCUUUCUAGGGUGAACUUGGACACUGGUUUAUUUGAACCCGUGCCAAAUGGAGGCAAAAAUAAGGAUGCCCUUAAGAAGCUUGCUAUAAGAUUGUCUGAGAUAAAGAAGAAACGUCGCUGAUCCCUUCUGCAAAUUGGCUCUCCCCGGGUGGACACUUAUGGUUUCUAUAAGUCUGUUGUGUCUUUAUGUUAAGUGGAGCAUGGCUCUUUCUAGUAAUCAUGUUUGUGGGUUUUUAUAUGUCCCUAUGGCGUCUGAAGUUCGCUUUAUUUUCUAUCUUACAAAUAAAUGGAACUUGGCCAUGUAUUUCCUAUAGUAACUAUGUCUACUAUCGGAGAGAACAAUGGUUACUGGUUCUGUUCUGUUUUUGGAUGCUGUAAGUGGUUCAGUUCAUAAGGAAAUGAAGUUUGUGC